AUGGCUGUUAUCGAUAAGCUACCAACGGAAAUUCUCGAGAAAAUAUUUCUCAGACUGGCUGUACAGCCGUCAUUACAGUUGAUUGAUUUAAGCGUUGUCUGUCAAAAAUGGAAUUCGAUCAUCAAGGAUGCACACUUUCUCGACAAAUUCUUUCAUCAUCGUUUGGUGUCUUAUUCUCCUCUUCAAUUUCGUCAUGGCGCUCCCUAUUCUCCUCCUUUUCAUUCUACCGAAAAAUAUUUGAUUCCAAAUUGUCUCCGAUUAUCCGAUGCUAUUUUUCUCGAAUCCGAAGCCAACGACAUGGACUAUUACAUCCAUGACAUCACAUCGUUACCUUUGAGUUUCACAAUUUCUUUCUGGUUCUCUUUGCCGAAUAAAAAAGAUGCAUUUGGCGUCCUCGCUAAGUCUCCUACAUCCAAUAAGUGCCUGUGUCUAUUCUAUAAUCAAGGGUGGCACCUGUGGACUGUUGCUAAGCGAUACGCAUUCAAAAACGACGAUGUUUAUCAACCAAAAGUACAAGGUUGGAAUCAUAUUGCUGUCUCACUCAUUCACAAUGGAAAUAUUUUCUUCUAUAUCAAUGGUAAGCAAUAUCAAUUUGAUGAUGAAUGGUCGUUCGAAGGUUUUCAAGGUGCAACGGAAGAUAAUAUACUUGUGAAGUACUGGAGUGAUCUUGCACAUGAUGUCUUAUGUCUCUGCGAUAUCCGACUCAUUCCCGGUUGUCUUACACGAAUGGAAAUUGAAACUGCAGCUAAGCAACCACCCGUCCCUCUCGACAUGAUCAAAGUAGGAACAUAUUGGAAGAAUAAAAUGAAAGAAGAGGACAGACAAUGA